GGCGCACGCUUUUAUGUAACGACAAAAGACGCGUUUGAAUCACGCAAAUCCACGUCGUUAGCUAGAAAAUGAUAAAAACAACAGUUACGCGUGAUUUAAUUCGAUGUUAACGAUCGAUAAAGGUCGCGUUGCGGUGUCAUACAAUGCACUCGUCCGGCUUUUCUCGUGAGUGACAGUUCCUCUGGGCGAAUGAACGCACGCCUCGAAAGGCUGCUCCAAUCACAAUGAGCGAGGGGCGGGGCUUGUAGCUUUCACAACAACUUCGUACAACGAGACAACAGAAGAUCUGAGGUCGAGCCGCUGCAGGGAGCAGCUGAUGGGACCUGAGAGAUUAAAACAUGACCCCGACCACCGUCUGAAAGGGAAUAUUGCAUCAGGUCAAAAAUGAAGGGUCUCUUCCUCGUCGAGCCCGUGGUGGCUCUUUACGCCUUCUCCAGUUUUCUCAUAUAUCCCCUGAUGCAGCAGUAUGUGUACCGGAGACUCUGGGAGGACCUGACCAACACCACCUACCCCACCUCUGACAACACCUCCAGAUGUGCAGACAACAGCAGCAACCACUCGAGUUAUAAUGAGGAGGUACAGAGACAGGCAUCUCUCUUCUCCCUUUACACAGAGCUCUUCUCCACGAUCCCCUCUAUGAUCGUCACCCUCAUGCUCGUGGCGUACAGCGACCGGGGAGGACGUAAGAUCGCCAUAAUCAUGCCUCUGAUCGGCACGUUGAUCUACACCCUGGCCUUCCUGACCGUGUCCUACUUUGAGCUCAGCAUUUACCUGCUCAUCGGCUCCUCGCUUGUCAGCUCUCUGUUUGGCGGCUUGGGCACAUUUCUGGGGGGCUGUUUCGCCUACGUGGCGGACCUGUGUGAGGACGGUCAACAGAAGACGCUGCGCAUGGCUGGACUGGAUAUGAUGAUUGGCCUGUUGGCUGGAGUGGCUUCGAUAGCAACGGGCUACUUCCUGAGAGCUGCAGGCUUUAACUGGCCUUUCCUAACCUCUGCGUUGAUUCAGAUUUUGAUCCUUCUCUAUGCAAUUUUCAUCCUGGAGGAGACUGUGAAGAGGCCUCCGGCUGAUGCUGUCAUUCAGGAAGGGUCUCCCCAGCGCUCGGCCCUGAAACAGAUGAUCUGCGGGGUCUAUGAUAUGUAUACAGGUGCCGGCCGCAGGUGUAAAAUAGUUUUGGCCCUCCUGAUGCUCAUCUUCACCAGCUUCUCCUUUGCUUAUGUGGGUGGGAUCUCCUUGAUGACGCUGUACACGCUCAACAAACCACUGUGCUGGACGGAGAUUUUGAUUGGCUACGGCUCAGCACUGUCCACCACUGUGUUCCUGGUCAGUUUUGGAGGAGUGUUGGUCUUCACGUACUGUGGUGUACCGCAGCUGAUCAUUGUCCUGAUGGGGAUCCUGUCUGUCGUAACAGGCAUGGUCCUGGUGGCGUUUACUAAAACCACUUUAAUGAUGUUCAUAGUGAAGGUGCCAAUGCUUCUGUCUAUCAUGCCUUUUCCUGUUCUGCGCUCGAUGAUGUCAAAGCUCAUCUCAAAGUCUGAGCAGGGGGCCUUGUUUGCGUUUCUCUCCUUUCUGGAGAAUUUGACCAACAACGUAUCAUCCGCGGUCUUCAACAGUGUCUAUGCAGCUACAGUGGUGUGGUUCCCUGGCUUCAUCUUCCUGUUGUCUGCAGGACUCUGUGUUAUUCCUUUGUCUGUGCUUGGAGUGGUGGCUGUGGUCGGAGUGGAUGUUUCCAAAGAGGUCAAAGAAGUGAAAGAGGUCAAAGAGCCUGACACGUAUUCUGAAGAUCAGAACGACAACACUCCGCUUCUCAGCUGAACCUCACGGACCACCAAAAUCUGAACAGCACUUUGUUUGUUUUACUCUCAGCCCUUUAGACAAAGCUUUGUUUUCCAAAAUGACCUCACUGACUCUUGAUUUCAGGUUUGUGUGUGAAUAAUGCAGGUUACAGAUUCAUCUCUUAAACUUAAAUAUUGUGCAGAUACAACAGGAAGUUGUAGCCAAACAGGGACUGUAGCAGUUUUCUUUUUCUAACGAGAACAUUGUUGAUGAGACGCACAUCAGGAUGGUAGCAUGAAUAGGAUUAUUAAGCACUUUGGUGAAGUACUUUUAGGAUUAUUAAGGGCAGUUCAUGAUAUUUUCUGAACUAUGAGUAGUGUAUGAGCCUUAUUUGUACUUCAAAAUAUCCUGAGUGUAACAAUAAUAAUAUAUUCACAAUGAUUUCACGUUUCCUCAUUGAGGUUUGCAGUGUGAUAAGAUUUGCAGUUCAUGUGUCUAAAAGGAAACUACACAAUGUGACGCAGGCUUGUUUACGAUGUUGAGUUUCAAGCAAAUCUACAAUUGUGAUCCAUUUUAAAUAUCCACAUUAAGGUGGCGUAAAAAUAAAUAUAAUUAUUUCAUAUUGCAUACAUAUCUGAACAAGGUAGAAUGUUUAAGAAUUAUAUUAUAAACUGUGAAGUAAGUAAACCACAGAGCGAUGAAAGGGUCUUUAAAAGCAGCCAUCUACUAAAACAGGUUGAGAGCUGGGGAUGAACAGAAGAAGAUAUGCAGGGCAUUUUUCUUUUUAUCAUAAUAAUUGCACAAAUGGUAAAAGUCUGUGUUUAAUGUUGUGUUAUGACUCAUUCCAAAUGUAUGUAUUUUUAAAAUCCUAUUAGAACAAAUGACAAAUGUUUUGCCUUUUUCUUUGCAAGACUCAGACAUUUAUCUUUAUAUGAUAAUAAGUCAUCCAAUCAGUUCAACUAUGCGACAUGAGUCUGUUACCAUGUCUAAUUUUGGGUUUGUGUAAAAAUUAAGGGAAAAAAACAGGGAAUUAAAUUGAAGCAAUAAAAAGUGGAAUAUUUAAAGUUUGAUGUGAGUCUUUGAUUCUUACAGGACUUGUACUCUUGUGGGAAGAUAAGUCACAAUAAACCAUUUGACACCAA